AUGGAGUCCGCCGUGGACUCAGCGUCGACCGCGAGCGAAGUGAGCGGCUCCUCCGGGGGCUCGCCCCGGGUGAAGGCAGCGUCGCCGGCGCGCGCGCUCAGCCCGCCGCAGCUGCUGGCGCCGAGACUGCCGCUGCCGCCGCCAGGCCUCGGCCUGCUGGGUUCUCUGCAGAUGAUGCACCACUCGCCGCUCGAGCUCAUGGCGGCCGCCCACCACCAUGGGCCCCCACGUUACGGCAGCCCGCCACCCAUCUCCACUUCUGACCCCUCAGCCAACGAGUGCAAGCUGGUGGACUACCGCGGACAGAAGGUGGCCGCCUUCAUCAUCCAGGGAGACACCAUGCUGUGCCUGCCUCAGGCUUUCGAACUGUUUCUGAAGCACCUAGUGGGCGGGUUGCACACAGUGUACACGAAGCUAAAAAGACUGGACAUAGUGCCGCUGGUGUGCAAUGUGGAACAGGUGCGCAUCCUGCGGGGGCUGGGCGCCAUCCAGCCGGGCGUGAACCGCUGCAAGCUGCUGUCGUGCAAGGACUUCGACGUGCUGUACCGGGACUGCACCACGGCAAGGUACGUUCACACACCUCCACCCAGUCUCUGUGCCCCCUGUUGUCACAUGUGUCCGCCCGCCUCUGACUGGCCACUGCCAGCUCCACUGCCCGCUAGGAAGGUAGGUAUAGCCUCCGUGUCUUCUACUUUGUUUUAG